AUGCGACGGGAAGAAUUCCACGCCUUUGUUGCACCCGCGUCUUUAUUGGGGCUAGCUGGACUAGCAGGGUCGCUGUGGUUUUUGUGUUCCACCUUUCCCAACAUUCAUACUGGCGCCAGGGUGGUGGCCCUCACACUUUUGACCCAAGGGUUUUAUCGGACUGCCAUUGCGAUUAGACAUAUUUCAGUGCAGAGCCGUAAAACAAAACAAUUACCGGAGUAUCCUCUGAAUAGCGCGUUUGACAGAUGGGGCUCGCUAAUUGAAGAGGCCACAAGAUUUCUAGUGUUGAUGAUCCUCUCAUACAUGGUGGAGCCAGAACUUAUGAGGACAGUUGCUUGUAUGGUGGGCGCCAUAAUUGCUUUGGAAAAACUUGUGUGGCUUUUGUGGCUAUUCACACCUAGUGAAUACGAAGCUCACUAUAAGAAGUUCACGCGGUACUAUGACAUGUACAUCAAUAAUUGCGGCGAUUGGGAUUACCGGAAACCCGCCAACAGUGUUCUUGACGAGACACUGAGUCUCUUGGUCUCGUCUCCCUUGAAAGAAUCCCGCUUUGACGGGAACUCUCUCUCUUCUGACGACGACAGUCCUUCCAGCACUACCACCUUGGUGCAAGACGCCAAUUCUUCAAAUUCGGAAUCUCCAACGGUUUCAAACUCGGAUUUUAAAUUCAACACAUUUUCAUUUACACCAAUGCAACAAACUCAGCUGCUUCCUAUUGACCUCCACUCACAGCACAAUGGAUGUCCUGAUGUGCUUGAACGACUCUAUGCCGUGUCACCAAAAAACACACUAUACUUACAAUACGAUAAGUUCAAAACCCUGAUGAACCUUGACUUGGAUUCUAACUCUCUCAACCUUGACCAGUCUCCGGAGGAGAACUGUUCUUUGUGCAGUGUAUCUUCCGAAAACGAUACAUCCACACUCAAAACUCAGGAUACUCACUUCGGAGGCGGAGGUGGAGGAAACGUUGACUACAAACUUCCGAAUGGGGGCAGGUUAAAAUUUGGGGGUGGAGCAGGCUUCGACUUUCGCCGUGGAAGCAAAGCCUCUAAAUCACUGCUCAGAAGCGAUUGCCAUGCGUCAAAUUCUAUGUUCCCGAACUAUAGAUGGUAUUGCUGGCUUUCAUGCUUUCACGAUCACACCGUCAAAUCAAACGUAUCUGCCAGUACAACAAAUGCCACCAUCAGGAAGAAACUUUCAAACUACACGAUCAAUUACGAUAGCACAUCUCUUAGAGUAUGUGAUUCUAAUUUCCUGUACAACAGUACCUAUGAUGAUCUGUCGGUGGAUUUGGAGCGAGGAGGAUCCCAUCUUCUAACACCAAACGCUCAACUGGUAUUCAGAUUCAACCAAUUUGCAAACAGAUACCUCGACUCGUGGAAUAGCGACAGUGAGGCUGUACACGCUUCAAUCGAUCCUUCAUUUAUCCGCUUUGGCGCUCCAAUUCCCGAAAUGUCAAGUUUCUAUCUUACAAUCUACUUCUUCAACACCAUGACCUGGCAAUUUCUUAACACUCUUGCUUUAGCCUUGCCAUUCAUCAAACCAUCAACACUGCAUUGGAUCGAAACGUUGAUCAUUUUGAUGAUGAUUAUCACCAAAUUGUUCUGCGUCAAGUACUUGUACUUACAGAGUACUAGAUCCUACAAAUUUUCAAUUCUAACAGAAUUCUUGAUUUACAUAUCCUUCUUUGCUAUUCUUGAUAUGAUUUAUAUCCAGAUGUACUGA